CAUUGCGCAGCGAACGGAUCGAGGUACCGGCGUUGAUGGUCGCGAUCGACUGAUCGGAACUGAUCUGUUUUACAUUCGAUUUUACGUUCGUAAAUCGGCAAAUUGCGCGUGCGUGCGUGCGUGCGCGAAGUGUGAACCUAGCGGCAGAGCAGACGUGUUGUAGGAAAGGAGUCACCGUGGGAUCGCGCGGCUGAAUGUUAGUAAACUUUCCAGCACGCCUCGAGUAACGUGUGGAAAAAACGCAAGCAAAGAGCACGAUCACUCGUCGUUCUACAAGUUCCUACAAAUGGAGCACAACCACAAGAAUACCGACUGCUACUUUUUCUAUUACUCCACGUGUAAGAAGGGAGAUUUUUGCCCCUUCAGACACGAACCAUCAGCUCUAGGUUGUGAAACUAUGUGCACAUUUUGGCAGCAAGGCAGUUGCCUCAAUGAACAUUGUAACUUCAGACAUAUGGAACUAAAAAAAAAUCGCAAGUCGAUUCCAUGCUACUGGGAAACGCAACCUGGAGGAUGUAGGAAGCCGCAUUGUUCAUUUUUGCAUAAGAAUGCACGCACUAUCAAUAAUCCUAUCAACCCUGUAAAGGCAGAAGUAACAACAAAGUCUCCAAAUCAGGAAUGGCUAAGCCGUCAAGAUGACACAAAGUAUGACGGCAGUAGUACCGAAUCAGACCAAGGUAGAGGCAGCAGUGAAGCUGGCAGUUUCAUCGGGAGCCCGGCCGUCGACCCUCUCAUCGUCAAAUUCGAAGAAGAUUCCGACAACGAGACUGUACUAUCGCCGAAGACUAAGCAAAAAGCGGCCCUACGCUGCGACCGCGCCGAGCAGCAGCGCCUGGAGCAGAUCCAAGCGGAGAGUGCAGCUUAUUACGCUUAUAAGCCUGACGAGUCAGAUAUGCCCACGACCACAACUACCAGCAAGCCCAACUGGCACGGUAGGAGGCAUUUGCUGAGCAUCGUCAAUGACAAGCAGUCGGAAAAGAGCAUGGACUUUAAGGUCCUCAGCCUUAGGGAGAUCCGAAGGAGAAAGAGGGAGAGACUGGCUAUCGCAGCCGAUAUUUCGACUUCGGACGCGUCUCAAUCUACAGAGGAUACGGAACAGCUACCGACAAGUUCCACUUGCGAGCAGGACACGACAUUAUUCGCGAUGCCGGUCGAGCCAGCGGAGAAGUCGACCGAGCAGGACCAGACGUUCGUGUCUCCGCUGGGGAAACGCAAGCUUAGUGAAACCGACUUCAAGCAGACCGCAGGUCCAGUGAAACUGCGAAGGUCCUUGAAAAGCAGCACGACGGUUGAACCGCGUGUCGAUGCUGUAAGCGAAGGCAAUGAGACGGAACGUCGCGAGGAGCAGCUGAACGACGAGCAACUGAACAACGAACUGUUCAACAAUAAGCAGCUGAACGAGGAGUGCCUGGUUGACGAGUAUAUCAGGUUGGACGCGACGUCUGAGGAUAUAAUUAAAGACAUAGACGACUUCCUCGUGUAGAAAAAUAUAAAUGGAUUCUGUACAUAACAUGUACAUAAUUGUGUAGCAUUAUGUAGAUAUAAGAAGAGAGGGGGGAGGAGUGUAGCACAGAUUAUAUAGAUUAUACAAAUCGCGUAGGAGAUAUGUAGUACAAAUUGUACUGCUGGUGAGUAGUUUCCAGAAUCCGGCCUCGACAUGGUGUUGUUACGAGAUGGAAGGACUCUGCAUUCUUACGUCGAAAAAAAGAAUGAAAAAAAAAAAUCGAUAAGUGAUAGGGAAGUCAUACGGAGCGAAGAGAAAGAGGAAUGCGAGGCGUUAUAGAACGUUUGUUUUCUGUGAUACUCUUUCGCUGGAGGCCGCUAUAUAUAAGCAUCACAAUGUUGUGAUUAACGCGGUAUUUAACGGAGUAUAUUUGUUGGAAUAUACAUUCGUCGAGUCGAGAUGCUUAUGUGACGCUGUGUUUCGUAUCGCGUCUUCUCGCUAAGGUAACUUCGUGUAUAGCAGCCUUCAGCGGUCGUGCACCAAGACAAAGUGGUGCGGGCGGCUGGAGUCACUACCGCAGAAUCUUUUAAGCGAGAAUGAACUAUAGUGACCAACUAUAGUGGAGAAAUGAUGAUUGCACGACGACGAUAUUGCACGUUGUGAAUGAGUGAACGUGAAUACCAGUGCGAUAUUGUCAUUCGAUUGACGAGCGAAUAUAGCGAAUUAUUUUUACUAUUUUAUCAUCGUGUAUUGUAUGUUUUCUAAGGUAGCUAACGCGAGUUAAUCAGAAAACUAGCCAGUAAGAUAGCGCCCUUCAAAAGCAUUCUCGACCGACCGAAUGGAGUGUUGUAAUUACCUGAGAAAUUUUGCGAGGUUGAUUGAAAGUACAAUGUUUGCAACCUCAGAGAAAUGUUGUUGCACUUUGCAUUGUGUCCGAUCUCGCGAGACAUGUCGCGAGAAUAUUUAGAUAAAUAGAUGAGUUUUAUCGCACACGUUUCAAAUACAGUCUCGUGAUAUUGCUCAGAGAGAUUAUGUAUCAAUGUAUACAUAAUGUUUAAUUACAUGUUAGUAUAUGCAUUCUUCUAAGAUCCAUUGGAGUGAGUCUCUUGCGCGCUUAACUCGAUGCCAAACUUUUAUACAUUGUCCAUAUAUCAGGAAAUGUAUAAUAAUACGAAAUAAUGUUGUAAAUAAUACGAUUCUUUUAAGCUUUAUGCAAUUUCUUGUAAAUAAUACAGUUCUUUUAAUCUUAUCAGUAUAUACAGUUUACUGAGAAUUUAAACAUUGAAACAUCGCGUGGAACCGACUAUUUCACCGUAUCAUAUGUAAAUAAUGAUUACAGCGCGUUUACACCAUAAACAUCAACAAAUAUAAUUACUAAAUUAUAAAUCAACAAGACGGACGAUACGUAUUUUGUUCGAAAUAAUUACAAGAUCACUGUGUAAAACGAUUGAAUUUUAUUAUUCGGCACAAGAAUUUGAGGUAAUAAAUCAUGUAAUUAUCUUCUGAAUGCCGGUUGAUUUACCAUAGAGAAUUAUUUUAACUGAACUUACAGUAAUAGGAGAUGCGCUACAAAAGCAAGUGCACAUUGUUGUUACGAAAUAUUACGUCUUUUUGUAAGUUUUUAUAUACUUAGUUAAUAUAAAUCAACCGAUAUUGAAAUAGUAUGCAAUUGUUGCAAUAAAUCAUUGCAAUUAUAAGAAGGUUUGACUAAGCGUCCUGAAAUUAAUCGCGCACCGACAAACCGCAAUAGAAUUCUAGUUUAAAUUUAUAAAAUACAAUGUCUUUCUUCUCAAAUGAAAAUUGUCAAGAUAAAUAUACGAUUGUUAUACUUUUGCAAAGUAA